GGAUGAUUACAUGGAGGACGGGGGGCGAUUAGGAAGCUGUAACUUUAUUCCAGUGUCACUGAAUGACUCACGCAUGCUGUAUUCUGACCCAUUUAGCCUGCUGGACAUGAGAUGUGUUUUUCCUGCAGGAGGAAACUUUUCUGUAGCGUUUUGAAGCUGAUACUUUGAGAUGAGGUUGUAUUUCUGAGGCAAAGGAAGUUAGCUGAUGAAUAUAAUGGAGCCCACAGAGUGGGCCGGGCUGUUUGGGAAGCCAAAGCUUUAGCGUAGCCGGUCCAACCCAGAAUCCGGUCGGGAUGAACGUCCAGAACCAGCAGCUCAGAGGGGUCGACCAGGCUGCAGCUGGCAGGCGAUCAAAAGUGAAUGUGAAGAAAUCGACUCCGUGUUGCUGGACAGAGGAGACCCGGGGAAGGAGGAGCGCGGGUGGGCACAAGCGCUCAGCGUCUUGGGGAAGUGCAGAGCACCUGAAGGAGGUGGCCAAAGUGAGGCACCAUCUGCAAAAACGCUCCAGGAACGCUCCUCCCUCUGCAGGAUAUGAGCUCCCCCACGGCACGCUGCCGGCAGGACAGGCGGCAGGCGUCACUCAGACAGUUCCCAUGAUGCCUCUGAACAGGCUUGCACCGCGGCUGAGACGGAGCGUUGAGGGUCUCAGCUUGGAGCUGGAGGAAGUGUUUGUGUCUGAGAAACCAGACGAUGAGCAUGAGAUCUUGGAUAUCCCAGACGGCCACAGAGCUCCUGUCCCGGCUCAGAGAUGCAGCAGCGGCUCUCAGAGCGAACCCUCCCCAUCCCUCCCGUCUCCCUCCCUGUCUCCAUGUCCGCUCGACUCGUCACUCCCAUCCGGUUCCCCAUGCCACCUGGACGCAUCACGAUUGUCCCCCUCCCCGCCGCCGUGCCCCAUGUUGGACCCAGAGCCUGAAGGAUUGUGCUCCUCUUCAUCAGCGUCGCUUCCUUCGUUCGCACUGGAAGCUCCUCUUCAGCAGCCCUGCUCAUCUUCGCCCCGUCCAAACAAAACCUACGCCUUCCAGCGCGUCCCGCCAGAAGGCUGCGAGCGAAUUCGAGUUUGUGAGGAAGCAAUGUCUGCCUGUCCAGAUGAGCAGCUCCUCCAGCCCUCCUGCCCGGACCCUAAUAAAGUCAACUUUACCCCCCAUGGAGGCUCCGCUUUCUGCCCGGUCAGCCUCCUGAAGCCCCUGCUGCCCUCCAUGGACCUCCUGUUUCGCAGCCUGUCCGUGUCGCCCGUCACUGGCUGCUCGGGUCAGGCCUCCCCCACCAGGCACCUGGGCAUGCAGUAGGUGGAAACCUAAACGCCGCCUCUCAGGACUACACAACGAUGCACUGCCAGAACCUGGAACACUUGCUAAUGUUUUGAUGCAGACUGACAAUUACUGUGGGCAUCUUUACCAGUACACUCUGUGCGACUGUAAGCAUUCGUUGCUGCCACUCUUCAGGAUAAUGUGACCUAAAGUUCAGUCUGUUUGUUUGCUAUUUCUACCUGAAGGAUCUUUUGUGGUUUGUUUGUUUUUUAACUUGACAGAGAUGAUUUAAGUUAGGAAUACAUGUUUUUAUAUUGUCAUUUUCAGGUAUUCGUUUUAUGUCUUUAAUUUCCCAGGAUUUUUUUCUUUUUCAUGUCAAGUAAGUGGAUUUACUUUCAGAAAGCCAGGCACUUACACCACAUGUAAACAGCUGUUAUAGGCAUUAACUUGAAAACAGGGAUGUGGUGAAUUUAUAUGCUAAAUGUGUUGAUUAAAAAUAUAUUUUAAUACUUAUCCCCUUCUUUUCUACAGAUGCUAGGAUAGACUAUAUUUAUUUUCUUACUUUUUUAAGGAUUGACCGUUAUAUAUUUAUGUCUGCGAUUUUACUAGUAGGACUGGAAGUUUUGAUUUACUUGCCAAAAAUUUACAUGAUUAUAAUACAGCUGAUUUGUAGUGGAUUUUUACAUUCUCAAUUACUCAAAAAUAAGGUGUUGGUGGCUUAAGCCUUAUUAACAAAAACAAUUGAUGUGGUAGGAGAACCAAAACUGGAAACCAUAACUACUGCUCGUUCUUUAAAACAAGAUCAAUAUUGUUUUUUUUUUGUUGUUGUUCAUCUUUUUCAAAGUGUAGCAGUAAAUAGUGUGGAAAACACAGGUUUUUGUUUUCUUUUUGUCCACAUCUAUUAAAACUGAAAUCAAAUUUUAUUCUAUCUUUUCUAGACUAUGUAAAUUGGUUUGGAUUAUUAAAUGCAGUGUUGAAUAAAAAGCAAAAAUACUG